AUGGACGCAGUCGCGGAAAGCCCCUGCCCCGUUACCGCUGCAGCGGACGUCGAUCACCGCGCGCGCGCGCCGCAGCUCCGCCAGCGGGCACCCACGGAAUCAUCGGCGGGCUCCGAGUCACGCCCCGCCCGACUGGGCGCCGGCAGGAGAGCGGCGAAUACGGCCCGCUCGCGGCAAUACUUGGCGCGAUGGACCCCCGAGGAGGACGCGGUGCUAUUGGAGCACGUGAUGGCGCACGGCACGGCGGAGUGGGGUCAGCUCAGGGCGAGCGGCCGACUGCCGCUGCGCGACAACAAGGCGUGCUGCAAUCGCUUCCUGCUCCUCAAGAGGAAGUUUCUCCAGCACGAGCAGCAAUUUGAGCAGCACCAGCCGCAGCGCCAGCCACCGCCGGAAACUCCCUCCCUCCGGCCCCCCCAGCACCCUCUGCACCCCAGCGCUCGCCUCCGCGGGCUGCAACCGCGUCACACCGCAUUUCACUCCUCACCAUGCAACCUCGCGGGCACCACGCCAGCAGGAGUCAGUCUGGAGGCAUCCGUUGGGGCAUUCGUGAAAGCAAUUGACUCGCUGCAUGCGACAGCAGCACGGCAGCAGCAGCCCCAUCCGCGCAUGCUGGAGCAGACACCUGUGUGGCCCAUGGCAGCACACGGAUGGCAGGAGGAUGGUGCGCCAUGGCAUGGUGUCAUGGAGCCGUGGCUCGACAACGCUCUGAUUGGCCCAUGCGUGCGCUAUAAUGCUGCGGGAUUUGAGUAUCCUCCCUCUGCCACCACCACAAGUAACGCGCCGCCUCAUCUGAUGCCAACAGCUGCCCCUCCAUCUCUCGCCCCAUCCCCUCCCGCUCCUACCACAAGUAAUUCCAUUGCCGCCCAACCUGCCGCCCAGACUACCCCGCAGUCUGCCGGCCAACACCACGUCCCCAGCGCCUUGUCUCCACCCUCUCCACUAACUGUUCUUCUGGAUACCCUGCCUCCCCUCCCUCCCCUCUCGCCUCUGCCUGCCCUCCCUCCCUUGCCCCUUUCGCCUGGCUUGGAGCUCCCUGCAAUCCCUGCUUCUUCCCCUCGCCCCUGCAAUAACGCCGCUGCUGCUCCUCCGUCUGUUCCUCUUCCUCCUGCCCAUCCUGCCACUCCUUCCACUCCUGCCACUCCUGUCCCACCUCCUCUUGCGGGUGCUGAUGCAGCCACGAGUGUGGGGGCGGGCGCACUGGAGGGGCAGCGGGAGGCGGAUCUGGACAGGUGGAUUCUGGAGCAGGUGGGGCUCAUGGCGGGGGGGCAGGGGGAGUCUGAGCAGGCCAUCUGGGCUUGA